AUGGCGUUCCUUUUGGCGGUGUACGCAAGUCUUGAUGAUGCCUUUCUAACAGGCGAUCCAUUGGCUAUGAUACUUAAUCGUCUUGCGGCGUAUAUGACAUUUAGUGCCUUACUGCCCAUGUGGUGGGUUAAUUGGUUGAGACGUCAGCGUUUGCAAGACCUUUUCAAUGAAUUUGCUGCAAUCGAAGCUGAUUUUUUCUAUCCGUAUAGACAUUUACUGGCAGAUUGUACGACUUAUGAUAAUUACCUGUUGUGGAAGGGACUGGCGUCGCUACUACAGAAUUUAUCAAUCUUCUACACUACAACAGUUGAAACCCCAAGCAUAUUACUUAUAAUUUUCAUGUGUUUAUUGACAAUAUUGACCAAUGUAGUGUUACUAGUAGCAACACAUUUCUACCUCGUUGUUUUACACACUUAUCGAUUGAUAUGGGCGCUGAAUCGACGGCUCGAAGCUAUAGCAGCCGAUAACAUAAUGCCGCGUCUGUGCCAGCGGCGUCAUCUUUUGAGUGUGGAAAUCGAUACAAUGGCAACGGUAAAGUUGCCUGAAAGGACGUCGUUCAAUGUGUUCGCGACUUUCCAAAUAUUCGUGGUGAAUUUGUUGGACUUUUGGCUGACAAUAACAAUUUGUGAGUUGGCGUUGGUUGAGUCGCGUAAAACUUCGGCCAUUCUGCGUGGUUUCAGCGCGAAGCCGAAGUUGACGUUGAAUGUGGAGCGGAGUUUGGAAUGCUUCGCCAUCAUUUGCAGCAGCACAAAAUUGCGUUUUCAUAUCUGCGGUUUAUUCGAUAUAAAUCAUUUGACCGGCUUAAAUGUGUUAUCGACAAUGAUUUUAUAUCUCAUAUACUUGGUGCAAUAUUAUCAUGAUAAUCUUUAG